UAUAAUUGCAAGAAAAAUAUGUACCGUUGGUUUUAGUUGAAUAUUCUUAUUCUUAAGUGCUGAACCUUGGUGUUAACUUUUAACAUAAAAAUUUAAGGGUCGUUCAUAAUUUAUAAAUUCCAAGAUAUUUCGUACGUCUAUUAUGGAUUUAAAAACCGUACUUUUUCUUUCAUAUAUAACAACAUUUGUUAUUCUCACUAUGACUACAGGUGGCAGGUCUGUCCAAGUUAAUAAGUCUUAUAAUCCAAAAGUAACAAUUAGUAAUAAAGAUGGACUCAGGAUCGGCGAUGUCGCGAUUCCACCACAAGUAUACAAUAGUGGGACUACACCCGGGAAUGAUAGAAUGACUUUUAAUAAUGAUAGUGGACUCACAGUCAAUGGAAUGCAAUUUCCAAUAGAUACACUAGGAAAUCCAAUAAAAGCAGAUAAUACUGACGGUAGAGGGCAAACAUCAGGUGUAAAAAAACGUCCAUUAGUUGCAGCCAAUACUGACGGCAGUAGGCAAACCUCAGUGCAACAAACUGGAUUGAAUAACGAAAAUGUGCCGAAUCAACCUGUAAAUAUAGGAGUGAUUAGCGCUAUAAAGAGAUUUAUUGGUUGGUUGAAAAAUUGCGGUGCUAGAGGAAAAGAGAAUCCAGCUCACCUUUAAGGUGAGUAGAUGCUGAGUAAUAGGAUUGAUGGAAAAUGUGAUAAUUCACACAACAAUACCAAAAACAAUCAAAAUUCAAGCAAACUUACAUGAUGAUAUAAAGUCACACAAGAAA